UCCCCCUAAAGCUGGGUGACUUGCAGCUUCAGGGGGUCUUAUGGAAUGCAAAUUUGUAUUGUGGGGUUAUAUUUGGAAGAAGUGAAGGGCUGAGGUUCAGGGAAAGCUCUCCUAGUCCUAUCAUAUGCUCUUAAAAAUGUCUUCGUAAAGCUGAACCUCCUGAAAUCUCCAGCUCUUCCACCGUGUUGCAGCUGGUGACCUGAAUGGGGCUGCUUGCAUAUGGCCCUGAGUUAGAACAUGCAGAGGUGGCAGGGAGUAGUGGCAGUGGUCCUGUGGGAGUCCCCCAGGCAGGCAGGGUGCUUCUGGCCAAAAAAAGACGAGUUUAAAAUGGGAGAAUUCCCUUCUGCUUCAAAUAUCACCAACUAACAUAAACCUCUGAGCGUUGCUUGCAGUAUUAUGGAAUAAAAGUAAAUAAAUACACUUAAGAGAAAUACACCUCUGCUCCCCUUGCUGUGAGUGCCACUUGUCCCCAGGGCAGAGGACAAUAUGGGGUCAACUUCUUCUGCAUUCUGUCUUAUCCCUCUGGAAUAGGGUCAUCCUCUGAUCCCAGGCCCUUUUCAGUAUCUUGUCCCCUCUUGGCUCUGUGCCUUUUUCCUACCCUGACCAUGACUGUUGUGGCUUCAGUUUUUUGGGGUUUGUGGUGCUUAACUGCCCUUUGGGUUGAGAUGCCAUAUGCCCCUGUUAUGGGAUUGGCCAGGUGGAUCUUUUUGGGCUGAUGGAAUUCUGUGGAACUCAGUGAGGAAAUUUCCUAAAGCCCUGAGGGAAAAUUCCUACAAAACAACAGGGAAAUACCCUAGAAAUAGGGGAAUUCAUGGACAGCAAAGGGAAACCAUCCUAGGCGACUACAGUAAAAUACUCUGGAAAAAACAAAGGGGAAAUUUACCGUAAGAGAAUGUAGGAAUUUCCUUGAGAGCACUAGGAGGAAAUCCUUGAAAGCAAAGGAGGAAGUAUUCUGGAAAUUUGUAGAAAACAAUGUGAGAACUUCAUAGAAGUGGCGAUGACCUAGAAAUGAACGGAGGAAAACUCCUCAAAUACUGGGAAAAUCCUGAAAAGCAGAAGUGUCAUUCCUUAGGAAAGUAAAUUUCCUAGAGGGGUGGUUUCCCAGAAAGCAAAGGAGGAAUUGCUGGAAAUCAAAAGGGAAAUACCCUUGACAGGAAGAAUGAGAUUUCUUUGGAAAUAAUUUCUUGCUUCCCAGGGAGACAUGGGGAAAUUUUCUAGAAGGCAAUGGAGGUCUCUAGAAAUCAACAUGGAAAUUUCCCAGGAAGCAAGGGAGGAAUAUCCUGCAAAGGAACAAGGAAAUUUUCUGGAAAGCAGUAGUGGGAUUUCUUAGGAAGGGUGGGGAAAUUACCUGGAAAACAAGGGGCAAUGUCCUGCUAAUCCAUGCAGGAGCUCCUAGUAAGCAUGAGAGAGAAGUUCCUGUAAAGAAGGAGAAAUUUCCCCAAAAGUAAAAAGCACAGGGGAAAGAAGCAUAUCCUGUGCUUCAGCCCCAGUGACCACCACUCUAGUGCUUGCCUGGGUAAUAAAUUUGUAAAACUCCUGCAAAUCUCAGCAUUUUUUGGUUUCUUUUACUGCUCCCCACAGAGCUCAAAUGGGCUCAAGGAAGACCAACAAGGAUGAGCACUUGGGCUGUACAAGACCUGUCUGAUAUCAUGCUUAUUUGCUAAUUUUCCCCUUAUUUAGUGCAAAAUUCUACAUAACCCACACUGCAGUGGUCUGAGGCACAGGAUGACCAUUUUAAGUCUUGAAUGGCUGUGCCCAAGAGCUGUGUUACUGGAAACCAGCUGUAGCCCCAUCUGGGCACUGCUACCCUUUCUGGGGUGGGAGCAGGUGCUGCUGCCCUCCACUGACCGCCAGCACCCCCUUCCCACCUCUGCCUUCUCCCCCCUUUGCUUCUGGCAUGCCUGGUGGAGACCCACACAGAAUUCCUCCCUGUGUAAGGCUGGUGUGGGCCCUGAAACAUACAGGGCUGAUGCACGAGCUUGGGGUUGAUUUUCCUCCUCUUUUUCAAGUGUUUUUCUUUAGCCGGUAACGGCGCUGCCUCCCGCAGGUCAGCCGGGCCGGGGGCUGCCCCGACGCCAGGGUGGGGCGCUGGAAGCAGCGCCGCAGGAGGGCCCCGACUUGCUGAGCAGAUGGAGGGCCAGAAAACCGGCUCCUGGCUGUGAGGAGCACGGCUGGCACCUCCCGGGGGCAAUUCUCAUUGCAUUUUUCUAAUCGCAGACCCAUAGCGUAGAAACAAAAGCUGCCUGCGAGAAAAAAGGAUUAAAACAAAUAUGCUAAAUACAUAACUAAGGCAGGGGCUUUCCAGCCCCGAGGCCGAACCCACAGCCGGGAAGUCUCGGCAGCGGCAGGUGGAGCUGCUCUCGGGCCAAGCCCCAGUGCUCGGGGGUUCCUGCCUUCCUGCCCUUGGCUCUUUGCACCCCGCGGUGUCUGAUCCUUUGAGGAGCCGCUUCAGCGCGGGGUCGUGGGCGCUUCGCCCCGCAGCUGUGGGCCGGAUCCAGCCCCGCCAGGGCCUGUGUCCCACGCCCGUGCGGGGCAAGGUUUAAAUCUGGGUGAAUAUAAAUACACGUAACAUGACCAGCCUCGGGUUUGCGGGCUCCGCAGCCGCCCCCGCAGGUCCCGCCCGGGCGCGUCACCCGCGCGGGGCGGCACUUUCACUUUCGGAAGCGUCACGUGGUUUCCAGGAACCCGGGCGGCUCUCGGGGCCGGGCGGGACGUGGCUGCGCCCCGAGCCGAGCCCGUCCCCGGCACCGGCUCCUGCGGCCACCGCCGCGCCAUGGCAGCCCUGCGGAGCGAGGGGGACGCCCAGAAGCUGCGGUUCGGACCCUGGCUGGUGAGCGCCGUCAACAGCGGAAAAUACCCUGGGCUGUGCUGGACAGACCCGGCCCAGGGCAUCUUCCGCGUCCCCUGGAAGCACAAUGCGAGGAAGGAUGUCACCAGCAGUGACCUGGAGAUCUUCAAGGCCUGGGCAAAGGCGAGUGGGCGAUACGAGGGGUGCCCUGAAGACCCGGCCAAGUGGAAGACCAAUUUCCGCUGUGCUCUGAGGAGCACCCGCAUGUUUGUGCUGCUAGAUGACCACUCCAAGUCUGGUGAUGACCCACACAAGGUCUUUGCCAUCGACCCAGUUGCCCUCUGGCACAGUGAGGAGGGAGAUUUCAGCAGCCGUGAUCCUGUGGUGGACCAGCAGCCACUGCACCAGCAGCUGCAGCUGGAGCUUGUCUCCCAAGACAUGGGCCCAGAAACCAUCCCCCCAGGCAGCAGUGACCCCACACAGCCCCCAGUGCUGAUGGACAUGGAGGAGUUGCAGCGGGUGCUGAAGCAGUGUGGCAUCUCUGCCCAUGAUGUUGCUCCCCAUAACGCUUCCUGGGAACCUGCAGGGGAUGUCCCGCCCCGGGAUACCAUGCUCCAGCCUCAGCCAAACUCCAGCCAAAACAAUUGCCUCCCCCCACUGGCAUUUCACCAAUGGGUACCCAUGGUGGAACAGCCACCCUUGGGCACCAACAGUCCCCUCAACACCAUGCUGCUGCAGGAGCACGAGGCCACGCCACUGCCAUGCCACCCGCUAGAGGGCACAGUCCCCGUGCUGUCCACAGGGGAGGUGAUGCUCCUUGCUCCUGCUGCCAGCCCUGCACCACCGCCCCCUCUGCCAGAGCGUAACGCAGAUGGCAUCAUCCCCCUCCUGGACAUCAGCAUCUACUACCGGGGAAAGCUCUUCCACCAGGAAGAGGUGGAGGACAGCCGGUGCCUGCUGGCAUACCAGACGAUCGACCCAGCGCUGGCCCUGCGCCCUGGCCACCUGGUGCGCUUCCCCAGCCCCGCCGAGCUGGCUGAUGGCAAACAGCGGCAGUACACUGAGGAGCUGCUGAGCAUCGCAGGGCUGCAGCUGGAGCAACGCUCCCACAAGCUCUUUGCCACCCGCCUCAAGAAGUGCAAGAUCUUCUGGGCCCUGUCCCAGCAGUUUGAGGGUGUUGGAGACCCCCCAUCCAAUGAGCUCCGCCGGGACCAGGAAACCUCCAUCUUUGACUUCAAUGAAUUUUGCUCAGAGCUGAGGGACUUCCGCAACAGGCAAAGGCAGCAGUCUCCAGACUUCACCAUCUAUCUCUGCUUCGGGCAGUCCUUCUCCAAGGCCAAGUCCAAGGAGUCCAAGCUCAUCCUAGUCAAGCUGGUGCCCAAGUUCUGUGAAUACUGGUACGAGCAGGUGCUGCGGGAGGGAGCAUCCUCCCUCGACAGUGGUACUGUCAGCCUGCAGCUCUCCGACUCCUUCAGCCUCUUCGAGCUCAUCGAGCAGUGUGACAUGCAGGUGGACUGACUCCCACCCACCCUGCUCCCCGUGGCCCCCUGGAACAGGGGACCAGCCAGUGGAGGAUCACCAGGCAUCAGGGGAUGCACAAAUCAGCAUCCCCCCAGGACCAUUCCUCCUCUGCUCCCCCCACCCCAAGGACAGCUUCACCAGGCCAUGCUGGAGCCGACGCUGCCGUUCCCCUCCAUCAGCUCUUAAUGUCUGUUUUGUGGAGCGUGGUCAUUUACAGAUUUAUUUUCAUGUUUUCUAAGUUUAAAUAUAUAGAAAGGUAUAUAAAGGUA